AUGGCAGGAACUAAGAAAUCUGGUGUUUCUUCUCUUUACUAUUCUUCAGCUGCAUUGUUUCUCAUACUGAUGACUUUAGGAGCUGAAAUCAAGUCAGUUCGAUCACAGUCUUGUAUCCAGGAUAUUACUAAUCGGAACGUAUGUGCAUCAUAUUUUCUUCCAGGACAAGCUGAUGCUUUACCCACUGCUGACUGCUGCAGCGCCUUGCAACAAGUCGGUGAUAACUGCAUUUGUAACACUGUUCGCAUACUUGCUGGUCUCCCUAGAGCUUGCGAUCUCCCUGAACUUCUAACCUGUGGUAAUUAA